AUGGUCAAGAUCGCGUUUGCAGGCGGGUCCGGCAAUGUCGCUCAGGAAAUCAUGGAUGUCCUGUUUGAGAACAAAAAACACAAUAUUUUGAUUCUCUCUCGAAAGGAUGCGCUUGUUCAAAAAGCCACUCCAGGAAUCACCUGGGCUAAAACAAACUACAGCGACACGAAUAAGUUGGCACAGGCCCUGCAGGGUGUCCAUACCCUGCUUUCCUUUGUUUCCGAAGAGGAUUCAUCUAGUCCAAACCAGAAGACGCUCAUCGAUGUCGCAGUUCAAGCUGGCGUGAAACGGUUCGCACCUAGCGAGUGGGCCACUUCUGGCUUGAGUCACCUAGGCUGGUAUGCCUACAAGGGGGAGAUUCGUAAAUACCUCGAAGAGCUGAACAAAGACAAAAAACACUUGGAGUAUACACUUUUCCAACCCGGCUUUUUCGUGAACCACCGGACUCAUCCUCAUCAGUCAAUGAAGUACGUUCAAUCAACGGAGCUGCCUUUCGAUUUUGAAAACCGUCGAGCGCUCAUGGUCAAUGGUAGCUGCGAUGAUGAGAUCAGCCUCGUUACAGUUGAUGAUUUUAGCAACGUGGUAGCUAGAGCCAUUGAUUUUGAAGGCGAGUGGCCAGUCAUUGGUGGUAUUAGAGGCACUAUUAUCUCUAUUAGAGAGCUCAUUGCCCUUGGCGAGAAAGUUCGAGGAGGGACGCCAUUUCAUAUUGAGAAGGUUCAGGCAAAGGACAUUGAAAGUGGAAAAUGGCAGACCUCAUGGGCACCCAAGCUCAGUCACCCUUCGAUUCCGCCCGAGUAUGAGGAAGUGUUUUCAAGAGUCGGGGUCGCCAGCAUUUUGUUGGCGAUAUCUAAAAAUGCCUAUUCUGUGUCAGAUGAUUGGAAUCGGUUGCUCCCGGACUACAAGUUCACUGCCGCAAAAGACUUUUUGAGUCAAGCUUGGGGCGGCAAACCUCAGACAAGUACAGAGAUCGUUGAUCUGAAGGCUCUUGUUUAA